AUGGCUCAUAUAGCAACAGGUACACUCAAGGCGUCCGAGUUUGACCACCUUGAGCUGGAUCCCAACAAGGAGAGGAGCGACCAUUCGAGUGAAGAGGUGGAGUGGACUGAAGCUGAGGAAACUUCCAUCAGAAGGGCCAUUGACCGACGCAUUGUUCCAAUCGUUACGCUAUUGUAUCUCUUCUGCUUUCUUGAUCGGGCAAAUAUCGGAAAUGCACGAAUCCAGGGUAUGGCUAAAGACCUCGAUCUGGUGGGAUACAGGUUCAACUGGGCCCUGAGCGUCUUUUACAUUGUCUAUCUCCUGGUCGAAAUUCCUAGCAAUAUUCUUCUCAAGUAUAUUGGACCACGCUUUUACAUUCCCAUGCUUGUGGUAGGAUUCGGAUUUGUCUCACUAUGCACGGCCUUUGUCAAGAAUUUUGCCGAGCUAUGUGCUUGCAGAGCCAUUCUGGGUAUCUUCGAGGGAGGGACCAUGCCGGGAAUAGCGUUUUACCUCUCAACAUUCUACAAGAGACGAGAGCUGUACUUCAGAAUUGGCAUCUUCAUUUCCGCUGCCUCCAUCGCAGGUGCCUUCGGUGGUUUGUUCGCAACAGCACUAUCCCGGAUACCUCGCUGGGGCACUGAAUCUACCCCUAUUCACACCUGGAGAAACAUCUUCUUCUUUGAGGGAGUGCUUACUAUCUUCUUCGCCUUGUUGGCACCGAUUUUCAUGCCAUCAAACCCUCAAACAUGCUUUUUCCUCAGCGAGCGCCAACGAUACAUCGCGAAUGAACGUCUGAUCCGUGAGCAUAGAGCUGAUCCACACGAGAAAGUCAAGUGGAAGCAUAUCAAAGCUGCGAUAUUCAACGUCAACAACAAUCUGGCUGCGCUUGGUUUCCUCUUGAUCAAUGUUACCGUGCAAGGACUUUCCAUCUUCCUGCCAACCAUCUUAGCUGCCCAAGGCUGGACUGCGACCAAGGCUCAACUCUAUUCAGUCCCGCCUUAUGUAGCUGCCUGUGUCAUUGCCAUCAUGAUUGCAUACACUAGUGACAAGACUCGAAGGCGCGGUAUCUUCCUUGCAGUCGCGACAUUCUUCCCGAUUGCUGGUUUCUCGAUUCUUCGAUGGAACACGAAUCCCAAUGUUCGAUAUGCAGCUGUUUUCCUGAUCACCACGGGUGCUUUCCCAGGAGGUCCAGGAUUCAUGUCUUGGGGUAUUAACAACUCUGCUGGCCCAGCAGUCAGAGCUGUUGCCACGGCAUAUAUUGUGUCAAUCGGGACACUCGGUGGUGUCCUUGCUACAUGGACAUAUCUUCUUCGUGAUGCACCUCGCUACCCAAUUGGUCAUUCUAUCAAUCUUGGUGCACAGAUCCUUGUCCUGUGUGUUGCGUCCUUUGGUAUCUUUUACAAUAUGCGAGAGAAUCGGGUACGAGCGGCUGGAAAGCGAGACCAUCGCUUGGAGGGACUCAAUGAGGACCAGAAGCGAGAUCUUGGUCAUCAUCACCCAGAGUUCAGAUACAUCCCUUGA